AUGUAUUAAGAGGUGGCCUCAUUAAGGCAGCAUCGACUCAUGUAGGCUUGUAUAAACAGCCCCAGAUUUCAAGUCGGGUUGAUAUUAUUCUUACAUCAUCUCAACCGUCUCUCAGAUGUGGUUAUGGAAAUUUUGGGUUGGUCCAGGGAGGUGCUGGGAAACCUUUUGACUAAGGGGAUAUUCUGAAAGGAGAAAACAAGAAGCCUAUCCAGGUGGUGAAGUACGUUUCAGCACACCACGGUUUUCCCAAAGCAGCAGCCCAUAUAACGUGCUACAAGCCAAGAUCUGGAGUUGAGCUUAGGCUAAUAAGAAACCCCAUGGGAUGGGAUGGGAUGUCCCUUUGCUGGUCUAUAAAAAGAGCCAUGUGGACAGUGCAAAGUUCAGGUCAUACAUCCAAGUUAAAGUGCUGACUUAUAGCCACAGUUCUGGCAAUUAGACCAAAUGCUAUGGUUUGGUUGGGAUCUAAUUAAGAGCUUUGUCUUGAGAAAGCCACCUCAUCCCCUCCAGGGCUGUCUAGAAAUUGUUAUAAAAAGCUCAGAGCCUCUCUAAAACAGAUUCUUGGGAUUUAGGAUCCAGGCGUGGAGGGAAGCAGAUUCAUCCUCCCAGCAGAAUGUCUGGCUCAGGUGUGAAGUGUGUCACCACUCCUUGCGUCACCUCCUGCCCAGAUGCCAAAGUGGUGAUCCAUCCACCUCCCCUGGUCCUGACCUUACCUGGAUUGAGCCUCAAGACCUCUCCAAAUCAGUGCCUGGUGGAAAGCCAGACUUCAUGCCUCACUAAUGGCUGUGAGGUGAGCUGUGAGUCGGGCUCCACAGCCAUUGUCACCAAAACUUCAGGCUUAGUUGCCCUUUCUGGUGGAGAUACUCCCUGUUGUACAACCACAUGUCCCGAUUCGCAAGUGGUGAUUCAGCCUCCGCCAGUCUGCAUCACCAUCCCGGGUGCAGUCCUCACCAGCUACCCCAAUGAAUGUAUCAUCAAAAGCUCAACCAACUGUAUCACCAGUGGCGCCCAACGCCCUGCAUUGCCCCGUUCAACAUCUGUCUCCGAUUGCUCCUCUACUCCACAACGUCUAACUCGCUCAUCCUCUGUCCCAUCGGGGCUCAACAGCACAGCCCGCUGCAUAACACAAGGACCUUCAAACAAAGUGGUGAUCCACCCUCCGCCGAUUGAGGUCACCAUUCCUGGUCCAGUCCUUGAGUUAGCUGCGGAAGAGUGUACUGUGGAAGUCUACAACUCCUGCUCUGGUAACAAUGCCCUCACUGGCAGUGACCAAAAGGCCAUCACCAAUGGUGACGAGGGUGAAGUCAAAGCUCUAAUUCCACAGGCCAAGACAUGCACCACAGUAUGUGGGCUGAUGGACACUUCAUCCUGCAUCUCCCAGGGUCCAGAGAUGAAAAUAAUUAUCCAGCCCCCUCCUAUUGAAGUUGACCUUCCGGGACCCAUCCUUGAAGUUUUUCCAGAAGCGUGUAAGAUAGAAACUCUGAGUUCAUGUCCUCCAGAAUCUGAGGCCAUCACUGGUAGUGAGACCAAGGCCUUAUGUGACAGCAAGAUGCCCUCAACUGCCCUUGCUACUACCAACACCAGGACCAAACGUCCUCUGCCUGAUGUCCGACGUCCCCCUCGACCCUGGGCUGAGAUGUACAGCCGGUCAAUGACACCCCGAAGCAUCGCAUUGUCACAACAAUCCCGACUGGCAAAAUACCGCAAUGCCUUAUACUCCAUGCAUUCCCAAUCAUCUUACUAAACUUUCUGUGGACAAUCAUCUUGCUAAACUUUCAGUGGACAUGAUGUUGUAAAGACAGCUAGUAUUUUUAUAAGUAUUUGUAUAUGUAAAAAGUGAGGGUGCAUCCAGGAGGAAAAACACACCAUCCACCGUACCUAUGGAUCAGAUAAGACAUUUAUCUAAGUUGUUCUUCCAGUGGUUUAGAAGUUGUAGACUGUUUCUUCUCCUGUCUUGGGGUCCCAUUUAGGUUUAAAGCCCAGGCAAUCAAGGUUUUUGACUCCAUAGAUUCCAAAGUAGCAUCACUUGCCCUUUUAGUGUCUGGUGUUUGCAUGGGAAUGUGGUAUACCAGAAAAGAGGGGAAAUAGAAAACUCCCCAGAUUUGUGAUCAAUGAGGAAUGCUGAGUAUUCUAAUUUAAUAUCUUUUGGUGGAUCAGUGGAUUACUGCAGGAUCUUGUUGCUACCAGUGGCCAAGAUGUUUUCUAGUAAACCUAGUUUCCAUGAAUUUAUCCAAAUGUAGGUCAUCUGCACAUUUUGCCUCAAAGAUAGCAUUUUGUGGCAUUUCAAAAUAACUUCUAUAUCAAUCCAAGGCCUGAAUCAGUUAAGAUGUUUGGCUUUUCAAAGUUCUGCAGAACUUAUAGAUGGUCCAUUCUCCUAUGGGCAGGAAUGCUUGGCUCUUGCAUCACUACCUCAUCAUGGGGGUACUCACAUGUGAUCUCACCAUGAUGUCUUCGUCCAUGUUGAUGGGAGUGAGGUCCAUCAGAAGUUGGACAAACAACUUAUUUUCAAAGAUUAGAGAAUAAAAGUGAUGGUAGAAGCAAGCAGCAUACAAUGUCUGAUGGAGAAGUUUCCAUUAGCAGAUCUAGGACAGCUUCUCGCCCUCCUUGUUUGAGGAUGUUCUCAAAACUUUCUCCCGAGGAUUGCAUCAGAUUACAAGGACCACUGAGACUCUAUGUGGUAUUAUAUAUAGAACAAUGAGGUGGGUCUACAUUAAGGACCCUUACUAAUGAGAAAAAGUUGCAAGCAUCAAGUAGUAGAAGACCUCAGAAUUCAUUGUGUCUAGAGAACCACUAUUUCCUCACAAUCUUCAGAAGAGGUGGUGAUGAUCAAUUUGCCAUGACACGUGUGGCUAAUCGACAACUAAUCAGAUUUGAUACUGAGAGGAUCUGAAAGUUGGUUCUUCAGAUCUAUCCCAUUGACCCAACAAAGCUUCUGAGUAAACUUGUGGUUCUAAGGACCCUCCUAUUCAGUUCCAUAGAAGACGUACUCCAAGGUGAACAAAUCUUGAUAACAUUAUACCAAACAGGUUUGGAAUUUCUUUCAGAAGGAUGCGAUAAGUUGGAGGAAAUGAACUAAUCUCCUAAAUGAUCCUCAGUUUGUAGUAAAAAAAACCUUUUAGGGAUGAUAACUGAUAUUCUUAGUCUUUGAAAUAGAGCUCACAUGUUUAUAUUAUGCAAAAUGUUUUUUUAAAACAAUUCUAAUUCUCAAAAUGCCAACUCUUCCAAUAAUAAACUGAGUUAAACUUCUAAAAA